CUGUCGUCGCCUUUCUACUAUGAAAUGUUUUUCUCAAUCUUUCGUUAUCAGAAGUUUGUAGCAAGAAAGCAUCAGUUUUUGUGCCCGGAAUUGUAUCGAGAGACGACUAAUUUUGUCAACGGAAUGAUCGCCAAAUAGUCAUAAGGAACUAAAAUGACCCUGGGCUCGAGAUUGCUGCGGGAGUCGCUUCUUGGCUCUGUUUGACUCCGUCACGUGCACUCCCUGAAAUCUAAAUUAAGAAGUUCAUUCUGGAUCAUCGUAGCGCAGCUGAACAGAGACACUUUUUUCCUUGUUGGAUUUGAGAGAGCAGUGAAAUUACGGGGAGAUUUGAGUACAAACAAAAAGGCAGCAAGUACUGUUUUCUUCUGACUGCGAAGAGCUGGACCGAGGUUACCAGAAUGCACUUUGAUCCAUCACUGGCGGGAAAAUUCUUAUAUCGAACGCGGGUAAAAGAGUUCUGAGUUCGAAGCUGGAGGAAAUCGGUAUAUUUUAUUUCUGUAGCUUCCUCUAAAAGCCAGCAUGCCGGCUGAUCGAAAGCCUAUGCGAUUUGCUCACAGUGAGGGUCAAACGGAUGUCUGUUUCGACGAAACGGGAAGUUACCUUUUGACGUGUGGCUCAGAUGGAGAUGUACGUAUCUACAAAGAUUUUGAUGAUAGUGAUCCGGAAUCAGUCAGGGCUGGAGAAAAUGUGACAGUCUUAUUAGUCAAGAACAAGAAAAUAGUCACUGCAUCGGACAACUCUGUGCAAGUAUUUACCUUCCCUGAGGGGUCUCCUGAUGGAAUCCUGACAAGAUUUACAGCUCCUGUCAAUCACAUCUGCUUUAACCAAUCAGGAACAGUGUUUGCAGCAGGAGCAAGUGAUUUCAAUGUAAAGGUGGUCACCGUAGCAGAUGGGAGCCAGAAAGUUCUCAGGGGCCACGAAGCACCAGUGCUAAGUGUGACAAUGGAUCCAAAGGACCAAUAUGUUGCUUCAUCUAGUUGUGAUGGUACAGUUAAAAUCUGGAAUUUGGAUGAUCAGACUUGCAAGACGACUUUGUCAAUUCUUCCUAGGGUGAAUGAUACAAGGAUCUCAAAGACCUUGUGCCGACUUGCUUGGCAACCAGGCAGUGGCAAGUAUGUGGCUGUUCCUGUGGAUAAAACUGUCAAGGUUUAUGAAAGAGAUACAUGGAAAAAUACUUUCAACUUGGAAAAAGAUGGUCACAGUGAGUUGGUCUCUCUGGUGUCUUGGUCUCCCUGUGGUAACUACAUUGCAUCUGCCAGUAUCAAUGGAGAGAUAUUUAUCUGGAAGGUGGCAACACAGGCAGUUAUUGAAAGGAUAACUCAUGAAAAUGGACAUACAAUUUGUGGCUUGGCGUGGAAUCCAAAAGGGAAUAAAGAAAUUGCUUAUACUGAUAAUCAGGGUCAGUUUGGUGUCUGCGAGAAUGUGAUACCAAAUGAUGAGGUGAAAAGCUCCAAUCACUCUGUAACUGACAAUGAUGUCAUGGAUGAUAGUUUGAUGUCUGCUGCCAUGGAUGCUGAUAGUGAUGAUGAACAGCUUAUCAUUGGGAAGAAGAAACCCAAAAGCAAGUCCACAGCUUGGAUAGAUGAGGAGGCAGAGGAUGAUGAUGAUGAUGAUGAGUUCAAAGACAUCCGUAAACUAAAAGCAGCUUUGGCAGCUCCAUUAGACUUUGGUGAUGGGGGGAAUGAUGGAGACACAGCUAGUGAAGUGUCUGCACCACAAGCUCCCAAGAAGGAAGUGAUCCACACUCCAUUUAUUCCAGUACUCCAGCCACCAUUCCAACCAGGUUCAACCCCUGUCCACUUGAUGCACAGGUUCAUGGUAUGGAAUUCAGUAGGAAUAGUACGCUGCCACACAGAAGAUGAGAUAUCAUCAAUAGAGGUUGAAUUCCAUGACACAAGCACCCAUCACCCUUUACAUCUGACCAAUCAUCUGAAUCACACCAUGGCUGCACUGUCAUCCACUGCUGUUUUGUUAGCAUGCAAAGCUCAUGAAGAUUCACCAAGUAAGCUUGUUUGCAUCCAUUUUGGAAGCUGGGAUAAUUCAAGAGAAUGGACUGUUGCAUUACCUGAGGGAGAAUCAAUCCAAGCAGUGGCAACUGGCAGCUCUUUUGUAGCUGUUGCAACUGACAAGCGUUUCCUUCGCAUCUUCACCAUUGGUGGGGUUCAGGGUGACAUUCUGAGCCUUCCUGGCUCAGUAGUGUGUAUGUCUGGACACAAAAACCAACUGAUGGUUGUGUUUCACAUUAACAACCCCCUCCCUGGUGAGCAAGCUUUAGCUCUUAAAUUACUGGAUUUGAAGCACAACCAGGAAAUAAUUGCAGAGGAGAGGGUGUUGCUGAGUGAGAAGUCAACACUGGCAUGGCUUGGUUUCUCUGAAGAAGGCACUCCAGUCACUGUUGACUCAGCUGGCGUCGUAAGACUGUUGUCCUGUUCCUUUGGUACAUCAUGGUCCCCAGUUUGUAUCACUAAAAGCAAUAUGAAGAAUAAGUCUGACAAUUAUUGGGUGGUUGGUUUGGAUGAGAAAAGCCAGCAGAUCAGGUGCAUCUACUGCAAGGGGUCAACAUACCCACCCACCCUGCCACGCCCUGUACUUGUCCUUAUGCCCUUGCAACUUCCGUUUUGUGAAAUGACGACAGAGAAAGGACAGCUAGAGGAAACAUAUGUUAGGUCAAAACUCGUGUUCGGAGCAUCUGAUGAGAGAGAUGAAGCUUCAUCAAACCUGGCAAAGACAUCUCAGAUUCAGAGCAUUAUGAAGUUGUUUGCGUUGGCCUGUAAAAGUGAUAGAGAGUUCCGUGCAAUGGAGUUGUGUGAACUUCUACCAGAUGCCCAUUCUGUAAGUUUAGCAAUAAAAUAUGCAGCACGGAGCAGACGCAUGAACUUGGCAAAUCGACUGGAUGAGUUGGCCCGUGAAAAGGCAAAACUGGAAGCUGAGGAGGAGUUUGAGGACGAUUUCCAACAAAUUGAUUGGCCUGUAAGGAGGAGUAAGAUAUCUUCAUCAAGGGUGGGUAGUCAUCGGCCUUCUCAUAUACCACGAGAAGUUGAACAAGAGGAGGAAAUCGAGGAGAAUGAAGUGGACGAUGACAUGGAUGUUGACGAUGACGAUCAACAGAUUUCCAGAAAAAAAGAGAGGAAGGGCUUAUCAAGAUUGGAUAGUCAAGACUUAGGAUCAAAACUCAUUUCAAAUGCAAAGUCUAACCCACCUUUGUCGCCUCUUCCGAGCUCAAAUCCAAGUCAAGGCCGAUCUAAUCCCUUCAGAGUAUCUAGUCCUGGAAAAAGGGCGUCUGGUGUGUGUGGGAAGAGUUUUUUCGACAGCGUGGAGGAAGAAAAGAAAGCAUCAUUGCAAAGGAAAAGCAAAAUAUCUCCUGAUUCCAAGCCAGUUCAGAAAAAGAAAAGAGGAAAACAAACCACUUUGAUGAAAACACCUCCAGAGAAAGAGAAAGCAACAGUGAAUAAGGAAACAUCGCCAGAAAGGAAAAACCCACCCUCUAAGAAAGUGAAUGGUUUUACCCUUUGGUUUGAGGAGAACAAAGGAGGUUUGUCAGAAGAAAAUCCUGAGCUGACUGGUACUGAUCUUGUUAAAUCUGCCAUGCGACAAUGGAAGGCACUUGAUGAAGAUGAAAAGAUGGAAUGGAAGAAUAAAGCAAAGGAAACUGCAGAGGAAACGGAACAAGGAGAAAAGAAACGCAAAAGAGAAAUGUCAGAUGAGGAAAAUGAAGACUCUUUAAAUACAAUUAAUUUAGCUAAGAAGACAAAAGAAUCAGGGGUGAAAGUUACAACAUCCAAACUGGCAGGAUUUGUUUAUGACAAAAAUUAAGUGCAGAUCUCCUGGUCAGUGUUAAUUUAUAACAGUCAUGAAAUUUAUAGUAACUUGCCUGUUGUCUCCAAGACUUUCUUGGAGUUAGCCACUAAGUACAGGUUUUGGUUAUAGAAUUGA